CUUUUUUCUGAACGAGACCGUUCACUUUACUUGAGGUAUAUUCUAAGAAAAUCGAUAGCAAUGCCACCUAAGAAGAAGCAACAGCCUUCCGACAAGAACAAGGCCAAGGCCAAGACCAAGAAUGCCGACGACAAGACGUUCGGGUUGAAGAACAAGAACAAGUCAAAGAAGGUUCAACUGCAAAUUGAUCAGAUCAAGGCCGGUGCCGAUGGUGGGAUGGCCAAGAUGAGAGCCGCUGCUGAAAAGCGUAAGGCCGAAGAGAAGAGAGCUGCGGAAGAAGCCAAGCGUGAAGCCGCCCAGUUGAUGGGUAUCCAGCAACAGAAGGUGCCCUUUGGAGUGGACCCCAAGUCCAUCUUGUGUGAGUUCUUCAGACAAGGAUUAUGUACCAAGGGUACCAAAUGUAAGUUCUCGCAUGACCUUGAGGUUGGACGUAAGGUGGUCAAGAAGGAUUUGUACACCGACGCACGUGAAGAGAAGGAAGCGGACACCAUGGAUACAUGGGAUGAAGAGAAGUUGCGUAAGGUUAUUAUGUCCAAGCAUGGUAACCCUAAGACCACCACCGACAUUGUUUGUAAGUUCUUUAUAGAGGCGGUUGAGAACGGGAAGUACGGUUGGUUCUGGGUGUGUCCUAACGGGGGGAACGAGUGUAAAUAUAGACACUCCUUGCCAGCCGGGUUCGUUCUUAAGACCAAGGAGGAGAAGCGUUUGGAAAGAAUGGCACAAGAAAACGCACCAAAGAUUUCCUUGGAAGAGUUCAUUGAAAUGGAAAGAGGACGUUUGGACAGAUCCAAGUUCACUCCUAUCACAUGGGCCACUUUCAGCGAGUGGAAGAAGAAGAUGAAGGCCAAGAGAGAAGACGAAAGAAAGAAGGAGGAAGAAAAGGGAGGCAAGCGUGUGCUCACUGGUAAGGAGAUCAUUCUUAAGAAGUUUGGUGACAAGUUCUACAGUGAAGAAGACACCGAAGGCGAUGCAUGGGAUUUGUCUCAAUUCAAGACGGACUUGCCCGAAGAAACUGACGAGACCAUCAAGGAUUACGGGGAUGGGUCAUUGGCGUUCAGCCAGGAACAACAGGCACCAGUGCUGGAGGAGACACAGGAGAAGAAGGACGGUGAAGAAGUGGUGGAGAAGGUUGUAGCUUCGGCUAGCGCAUAGACGAGUAGGGCCCUUCACAGUCCCGCUUGGUCAAACCAUUUGAUAUGUACAUUAUUACACGUAAUCUUAGAUUAAAAUG